AUGCAGAAUCAUAUUUUCCAUUAUCUGGUGAAGCAGGUGUGUUUGUUGAGAGUGUACGUUCUCCUCUUCGUGGUGGUCUGCUGUAGUGCCGAGUGCUACAUUCAGAAACCUAAAGUGGAUUUGUUAUCCCCCGAAGACAUAAACCAUCUACAAGGUUGUGUCGACUCAGAGGGAGUAGCUCAUGACUUCAACUCUGAGUGGCAGAAUGAGUGUUACAACUGUCUCUGUACACAGUUUGGCAUUCAAUGCUGUAACAAGAUCCCAACAGCAAUAGAACUCCCUGAUGAAUGCAUGAUGGUUGUUGAUAAAACAACCUGCUCUUUCACCCUCGUACUUGUUUCAGACCACAGCAAACCAUGCGAACUUGCCUAACACAACUGGAAGCAAACGCACAUCUAUGGAAUAAGUCUUGUAUUGGGUGAAAAGCCUUACAAAUGAUAAAAAAGGCUUAACUGUAUAAUCUGAUAUACAAUAAAAAUGAUUUAUCUGGCUUUCUCUGGAUUUGAAUCCAUUGUAAAUGUGCAGUAGGCUAUUGUUCACAAAUAAUCUUUUGAUGCAAAUUUGCAAAUAUUAUCUGCUGGUUGGAAUGAAUGUUACACAUUACUGCAUUUUUUUCUGAUUCUCUGUUAAUUUAAAAGUCAAUGCGACAUUUUUUUGUUUUCAUGUUUUGUAACAGCAAGGAGUAUGCAUAUGAAUUAUUAUUGUAUGGCUAAAUAACUAAAUAACCAUAAUUGGUUACACUUUAUUUGAAGGUGUUUUGACUUAGUUAAUGUAAAACAUCAAGUUCCAGGAAAUUUCUUUUUAAGUCUUUAAUACACAACUAAACAAGGAAUGGGAAUUUUAUCGCCAUGAAAUUAGUUUGGGUAUAAUUUUGUCAUAACGGCAUGCUGGAGUAGGAUUUUCAAUUUGAAGAACAAUUUACACACAUGUUGAUGUUUAAACUCGUCCAACUACUACCACUAAAAACUAUUACUCAAUAAAAUACA